AUAUAAUAAAGUAAUAACCCCACUCUAGGCCCAUCUAUCAUUUCCCAUUCAGUUCACUCAUCACCUCCACUCCACUCCACCCACCCAUUUAUUUCUUCACUCCACAGCAAAAAUACAGAAAUGGCUAUCUCAAUUUUCAUUUCCAAUUUUGCCCCUAUAACCCUCCUCUAUUUCCUCCUCCUACCCUCCCCCAUUUCCUCCCUCAACAUCACCCUCCUCCUCUCCUCCUACCCUUCCUUCUCCGCCUUCAAUUCCCUCCUCUCCUCCACCGGCAUCGCCUCCGAUCUCACCUCCCGCUCCUCCCUCACCCUCCUCGCCGUCCCCAACUCCCUCCUCCACUCCCCCUCCGCCCCCAACAUCGCCGACGUCCUCCGCUACCACGUCCUCCUCGAAUACCUCUCCCUCCCCGACCUCCGUCGCAUCCCUCCCGCCGGCAAGCUCGUCGCCACGCUCCUUCAAACCACGGGGCGCGCCGCGGCCAAUUCAGGCUCCGUCAACAUCACCGUCGACUCCUCCUCCGCCUCAAUUACAUUCCACUCCCCUGCCUCCACCGCCACCCUCCUCUCCCCAAUCAAAACCCUACCUUACAACAUCUCCAUCCUCUCCCUCAAUUCGCUCCUCCUCCCCGCCAGUCCCGAUCUCGCAGCCUCGGAGACGCGCGCCCCGCUCGGCCUCAACAUCACCACCACGCUCAUCAACGGCCACGAUUUCAACGUCGCGGCGGCAAUGCUCGCCGCGUCGGGGGUGAUUUCGGAAUUCGAGGCGGACGAAGGCGGCGCCGGGAUCACGAUGUUCGUCCCCACCGACGAGGCCUUCGCUGACCUCCCGCCCUCGGCCAAAUUCCAGUCGCUGCCGGCGGAUCGGAAGGCGGCGGUGCUCAGAUUCCACGUGCUCCACUCCUACUACCCGCUCGGAUCGCUGGAGUCGAUCGUGAACCCGGUCCAGCCCACGCUCGCCACGGAGCAGAACGGGGCGGGUAGCUUCACCCUCAACAUCUCCCGGGUUAACGGAUCCGUUGGAAUCGACACCGGAAUCGUGCAGGCGUCGGUGACGCAGACGGUUUUCGAUCAGAACCCUAUCGCAAUUUUCGGGGUUUCGAGAGUGCUGUUGCCGCGGGAAUUUUUCGGGAGGGAUCCGAUCGAGAUCUACAAGCCUAGUGUCGGCGGAGCUCCGCCGCCUGAUAUUGCGAUGUCACCGGAGAAUUACGAUCCGGCAAAUCGAUUGUCGGCGGCGGCGGCGGGCGGAGGAGUGGGGAUUUUGUGGAUAUUUUGGGGUUUGUGGUGUACAGGAAUAUUUUUACUUUCAUAUCGGUUAAAUUAAAAUAGUAAUUAAUUAUAAAGAGAAGAGAAAAUUAGUAGUAACACGGAGAAUCAUUGAUGAGGCUCUAGUUCUACCAUAGUAAAGGGAAAUUUGAUUUAAAUUCAGAUGAAUAUGGUGACCAAUUUUGUUUUGUAAUAAGGCGAGUUUAUUUAUUGGACAAUUUUGGAUACUAGAUUUUGUUGUACAAUUUUUGUUUUAAAUGCAUAUUCCUCGGCUGAUUGUACUA